AUUGCCCACUUGUCUCUGCCAAAACGAGAUCAGGAUGGCGUUCGGUAGCACAUUGUAUCAGGCGCUUUUUCGCCGUACCUCUACCUUCGCUUUGACCGUAGUGUUCGGUGCUCUGUUGUUCGAGCGGGCGUUUGACCAAGGCGCUGAUGCUUUAUUCGAUCACCUCAACCGAGGGAAACUAUGGAAACACAUCAAGCACCAGUAUGAGGUGAAAGAAGAUUAAAACAUCCGGAGUUGAACAUUCAGACAACUGUGGCUGGCAGCAUACAAUGACAUAUACAGACUGGACAAUUCUUUCUGAGAAAUGGGACUUGUAUUUAUGAUGGCUUAAUGGUUAUCUAUGUCUAAUAAAAGUCCAUCUGUUUUUGAUUACAA